AUGACACCAGCUGGGGUCCUGCUCCUUUUCCUCCAGCUUGUUCUAGGGCCAACUCUGGUCAUGGACAACAGGCUACAUACCGCCAUCAAGAACUUCCGCAGCUUGCACUUGGACUAUCCCAGAGUGGUGUAUCCAAGGGGUUUCCGUGGCUACUGCAAUGGUCUUAUGGCCUAUGUGAGGGGUAGAAUGCAAGACUGGUUUUGUCCAAAGAUCCAUUAUGUGGUCCAUGCCCCCUGGGAAGCCAUCCAGGAGGACUGCAAGCAUAGUGAGAGCUUCUGUGAGAACUACAAUGAAUACUGCACACUCACCCAGAGCUCCUUCCCUAUCACAAUCUGUACCCUGGGCUCUAAACAGCCGCCCACCAGCUGCCGCUACAAUAGCACCCUAACCAACCAAAGGCUCUACCUGCUCUGCUCCCGAAAGUAUGAUGGUGAACCCAUAGGUGUCAUUGGCCUCUACUAG